AUGGCGCGCACCAGGGACGACGCCAAGGCCGCGGCCGCCAACGCGGCGACAGACAUCACGCGCCAGCCCACGGAAGACGCCGGCGUGAAGAAGACGCCCGGCCGAGGCCGCGGCCGCCCCAAGGGCUCGACGACCAAAUCCCCCUCCAAGCCGCCGUACGUGCCCACCGGCCGGCCGCGCGGACGGCCCAAGGGCAGCUUCAAGAAGCCCGGCGAGUCCAAGGCCAAGACACCAAAGAAGCCCAGCGCGCCGCUGGCCCCCGGGCAGAAGCGCGGACGCGGCAGGCCGCGCAAGUCGGACGUUGCGCAGGCGCAGGCGCAGGCUCAGGCUCAGGAGGAGGACGACGACGAGGGCCGGGCGGCGGCAGAGUCCGAGGCUGGCGCCGACGCCGAGGCUGAGGCCGGAGACGAUGCCGCCGACAACCAGCCGGGCACCGGUGACGUGACUGGUGGUGCUCGCGCCGGGACCAAAUCGGCCCUCACGCCGCGGCAGUCUCCCGAAUACGAGGUCGGUCCUUCAUCAUCAUUCACAUCACCUGCGUGGUUCUCACGAUUCAAGAACAUGAUUGGCUGA